AUGGUUGUGUUUCCCGAGGAAGACACAAACCUAUCCAAAUUCAAAGACCUUUGCAACGAUAACGUGAUUAUUAUCAGGAUCAUUGAUCAAAUGGAAGGGAAACAAGAGCGACCAAAGCUUGAUCCUCCAAAACAAGCUUUGGAAAAUAUUAGUAAGCAAAUGUCUGGAAAUUUUGCUGCACAAUCGCCACGAUAUGGUAGCACUUGUACUAAACUGCUCCAUUUGGGCGUGCAAGAUGGUGAUGGCAUGAGAAGAAUUCCUUCUGAAGGAAAGAUGAAUUGCCUUUGCUCCCCCACUACCCAUGCCGGAUCUUUUCGGUGUCGCCUCCAUAGAACUAGUAGCAAUACUAACAAUAAUUCUAGUUCCGGCGGUAGAUCAUUUAAUAGUUUGUCCAAUCUCGCAGGUGACCAUGAUUAAAUUAUGACCGCAUCCUUGAAGAUGGAUUUUCAUAUGAUUUGAAUUGUAACAUAUGAUACUGGAUGGUUCUUUCAACAUUUUGUAAAUGAUUAUUAUCUAACUUCCAAAUUGUUUUUAUUUAUAUUGAUAAUGAUAAGGUAUAGAUGGAACUUAUUGUUGUAUUUAUUUUAUGUAAUUAUUGUUUAUUUGUUUAAAGCUAAUGUACAUCUAUAUAUAUUGUUAAUAAGAUUUCUUUCAUAUGUGUGGUUAUUUUUCUAAAACCAUACAUGGUAUCAG